CGCUGGGCCGAGCGCCGGUGUCGGUUCCAGGUGGCCGGUAGGAGCCGCGGGGCUCCGCCUCAGCGCUGGGAGCGGCGAGGGCGCCGGCGUCUCGAGAGUCGUGGCGGAGACGCGAGGAAGAGCGCGAGACCCCGGCGGGGACGCCGUGGCGCGCGGCUCAGGUUGAUAUUGGAAGUUUUCUGGUUGUUAGAAAUUGAAUGUAAUGGCAGCGGAAUUUUUAAAGAGUUGCUGUAGAGGAUGUUUCUAUGGUGAAACAGAAAAGCACAAGUUUUCUGUGGAAAGGGACUUUAAAGCAUCAGUCUCAAAUAACGAAAAUACCAUCUGUACACCUCCAUUGACUUCUGUUUCAGUAAAGUCCCAAGUUGGCUGCAGUGAGGAUUAUUUGCUUUCCAAAUUACCAUGUGAUGGCAAAGAAGUACCAUUUGUGGUGCCCAGGUUUAAAUUAUCUUAUAUUCAGCCCAGGACACAAGGAAUUCCCUCACAUCUGGAUGAACUGGAAGAAGAGGAAGUCAGAUGCCCUGGAGCUGGAUUUACAGGAUCUGCUAGAGCAUCUUUUGGAGAUCAAAAGGCAGAACUUUGCAGUUCGUUCUACCAUGGGCCCAGCUAUGAUGUGUAUAAUCCAUGCUAUAUAUAUCAGCACUUUUCACCUGACAUAAGUAGGCGCUUUUCUCCUCAUUUUGAAACAAAAAAAAUGUAUGGAUCUGUUUGUGAUUUAAGGACCAGUAAACUUCCUGGUUCCCCUGGGCUAAGCAAAUCUAUGUUUGAUCUCACAACUUCACCUCAACGAUUUAUCCAGAGACAUGACUCAUUGUCCAGUGUGCCUAGUAGUUGUUCUUCAAGGAAAAAUUCUCAGGGCAGUAACAGAAGCCUGGAUACAAUUACCCUAUCAGGAGAUGAAAGAGACUUGGGGAGAUUGAAUGUGAAAUUGUUUUAUAAUUCUUCAGCAGAACAGAUUUGGAUCACAGUUCUGCAGUGCAGAGAUGUAAUUUGGCCCUCUAGUUAUGGAGACACUCCCACAAUAUCUAUAAAAGGAAUUUUAACUUUGUCCAAACCAGUGCAUUUCAAAUCUUCAGCCAAAGAAGCUUCCAAUGCUAUUGAGUUUAUGGAAACUUUUGUGUUUGCUAUUAAACUACAAAAUCUACAAACUGCAAGACUUGUAUUUAAGAUUCAAACCCAGACUCCCAGGAAGAAAACCAUUGGAGAAUGUUCUCUAUCACUCAGAAGUCUUAGUACACAGGAAGUGGAUUACUCGUUGGAAAUAAUACCACCUUCAAAAACAUCUGUUUGCCAUUCAGAACUUGAACUGGGGAUUUGUUUUCAAGCAGUAAAUAGCAGGAUUCAGCUGCAAAUUCUUGAGGCACAAUACCUUCCAAGUUCAUCAACACCUCUGACUUUGAGUUUUUUUGUGAAGGUGGGGAUGUUUAGCUCAGGAGAGCUGAUUUAUAAAAAGAAGACACGCUUACUGAAGGCAUCCAGUGGAAGAGUAAAAUGGGGAGAAACUAUGAUUUUUCCACUUACACAGACUGAAAAAGAAAUUGUUUUCCUUGUUAAACUUUAUAGUCGAAGCUCUGUAAGAAGGAAACAUUUUGUAGGCCAGCUCUGGAUAAGUGAAGACAGUAAUAAUAUUGAAGCAGUGAACCAAUGGAAAGAGACAAUUACAAAUCCAGAAAAGGUUGUUAUCAAGUGGCACAAGUUAAAUCCAUCUUGAAGACUUCAGGCAUUAAUUUAGUGAAGAAACAACAGUCUUUUAGAAGAAACAUAAUUUCAGUUUUCUAAAGCUUCCAAUGCAUUCUAUCAGGUAUACAAAGUGAAUAAUAUGUUUUAAAAUGGUGCCAGAACAUAUGAUAAAAUAAAGGGUAGUAUUAUUAGGCCAACUAAAUAGAUAAUAAAGUCUAUGAAAAUACCAAUCCUAGAUAGGUUUUUCUGUAUUGGUUUUGCUUUUGUCUUGUUUUUGUGCUUUGAAAACUUUAAUUUUGAAUACUGAAAACUUAUUCUUCAAGUAAACAAAUACAAAUCUUUUGAGCCUCUAAUGUAAACAUAGAAUGUGAGGAAAAAAUAAAAAAAAACUGAGCAACUACUAGCAAUCCUUCAGCAUUUCACAGGGCGCAUUUAACAGAACUACAUCUUCUUAGUGGCAAGGAUUGCAGAAGUACACACAUGGUCAUAGUCUUUUUGUCAUCUUAUUCUGUUGGACUUCAGAACCUAGCACACCGAUCCCUUUUAGUACUAUUAGGUAUUUACAAGACUUUAUCACUUUUCCAGUGCUAUUCAUGAUUGAUUAGAUCUUGGUUACACUGUUAUAUCUUUAUAUGUAUUUUUUUCAGAGCAAAAAUGAGCAGAAUCAUUUCUACUGACUUUUAUUUUGUAUUUGAGGAAAGUUCAUUUCAUCUUACAUAGCAACCCCUGUUCCCCUUCCCUCUUCUCCUGCCACCAACACCUCCCCCCUUCUUCUACUUCUUAGAGGGGGUAAGGCCUUCCUUGGGUAGUUAGCAGUGUCUGGCAUACCAAGUUGAGGCAGGACCAAGCCCUCUACCCCCUGUAUCAAGACUGAACGAGGUAUCCCACAAUGGAGAAUGGGCUCCAAAAAGCCAGUUCAUGCAUCCAGGAUAAGUCCUGGUCCUACUGCUACCCUCCCAACAGAUCAAGCCACAUAACUGUCAACCACAUUUAGAAGGCCUAAUUCAGUCCCAUGCAGGUCCCCCAGCUAUCUGUGAGCUCCCACUAGCUGUCAGCUGUUUCUGUGAUUUUACCCAUUAUGAUCUUGACCCUUCCCCCCCCUUGUUCGUAUGAUCCCUCCUGCCUCUUUUCAACUGAACUGCAGGAUCUCAGCACAGUUCAUAAGUCAUUGCUUAACCAUUUAUAAGCUGCUUAUCUCCAGGAGAUUUAGAGAAUUAUUAACAUUUUUUCCAAGAAUAAAUGAUGCUUGGAUAUAGCAGUAUGGCUCAGUGGGUAAAGGAGCUUGUCACCACAUCUGACAAAUUGAGUUCCAUCCCUGGAACUAAACAUAAUGGAAGGAGAGAACAUAUUUCUUAAAUUUGUUCUCUGAAAUCCACAUGUAUAUCAUGACACACACAUGUACACACAGGUACACACACACACUAUAUAUAUAUACAUAUAUAUAUGUCUUAAAAAUAAUAAAUGAAGUUUAUUUGAAAACCAAAAUAUAUACAUUUUUCUGUCUUCCUCAUUCCUACCCUUUAUUUUCUUUGGAGUUAAAACAAAAUUUUGUAUUUGAGGCAACUUAAUUUAGCAGAAUUAAAUGAGCUUAAAUAGUAAGUAAACUCAGUUAUUUUUGAUCAUUAGUUGUUAGUUUUAGUUUUUGAUGUAAGUAACUUGUUUUGUAAUCUACAGCAUUAAAGUAUCUUCCCAUUUUUAACAAUCAUACCUGGUAACAAUGUAUAGAAUGUAAAUAUUUUUCUACUGCAGUUUUUUCAGGUAUGUAUUAGAAUUUAGCAUAUGAAGAUUAUUUCUGCUUCGGUGGCCAUAGAAGUUGUGGCUAAGACAAAACGAUUUUUAGGAAGAAGUAAGCAACAAUUUCUAAUCUUAUAAAUAGUGACUUUAUUUUUGCUAAUAAAUAAAUAAUGAAAUCAAUAUCCCCUAUCCUCCUCCCUCCCUCCCUCUGUACCUCCUUGCCUGCUUGUCUCUCUCUCUUUCUCUCUUUCUUUGUUCUACACAUUUUAGGCCAGAGAAAUACUUUAUUAAUGUAGGAAUAAACUUUUAAAUUCUAGUUCAUUAUAGUCUAGAUAUUUAAUUAGAAACUAAAUCGAACUCUUAUCUAGGUAUCUUCUCAAGGUAUAUAUAUAUAUACCUUUCUAAAAUUGACCCCAUUGGUUUCAUUCUUAGCAAACAGACCUGGACCACUCAACAUGGCCUUAUUUUUCAUGAUAUUAGUGCAAUGUUCUAUUUCUAUAAUGAAUUCAUGACCACCUGAAGGCAUUAAUUUGAUAUACAUGGCCUUCACAGCCACUAUAGAUUUUUUCCUCCAUCCAUUAUGUUACUAUAAAAUAUUACUUUGAUCCUGUAGAAACUUUGAUAGUUUCACAUACACAUUCUGGGGCACUGGAAGGAAUACCUUCUGCCAGAUUACAGCUGCUUUCUGCAACAGGAGGAAGAUUAGUCAACAAUAUUUAUGAAAUCACAGAUAACACAGAAAGUCGCAACCCAUGUCAAAACAUUAUUUGGCAUUCAUUUAGGUUUGCAUAAUGUUUAAAGCAGGAAUCAUAAAAAUGACUCAAGUGUAUUAAUGUAAAUUCUUUCCAGACUGUUGAAAAGAUACCAUUGGGAAUUCUGGACAUAUGUAAUUAUGGUCUAAAAAUAAACUAACCUGGAGUUUUCUUUGAA